AGAGAAGCAAGCUGUUAUCGAUGUACCACCCUCGGUCUUACCGGUGUGUCGUAGGCACGGGUCCGAUUGUCUUGCGAUGAACUCCGUACAGUUUGGACCUAGGCGUCAGCGAGGUGAUCACUGCCAACAAUACCUACAAUACAAUUGCUCCCCCACACACACAUACACACCGGAACAUGUAACGUUCCAAUUUUCUCACCCUAAUGCGGGUCAGACAUCGGAGAGAAAGAAGCCCCCAUACCGGCACCUGAUAACACCAGCACACCUUAGUAGCAUCCCGUUAUCAGCACUCCACGUCUCAGGUGCGUUUAUCGACCGUCCGCACCACGAAAGACGGCGGUAAUCAGCGAGAGCCUAAUCGAUUGCAUCCGACCGCUUUACCGCUUAUUUGCACUUGUGUGAGGCUUUAAAAGACAUUCGGACAUUACGGAACGGCACGCAGUCCAGUCGCCGCUUUCGCCUGUAACGGGUAACGCCUUCAAGUCCUUGAAGUUGUUUGUGCUAAGUGUGAGUGCGUGUGUUUCGAAGUUGCAACCUAUCAACUCCAACGAUCAACAAUGGAUCACAAUCAUGGCGGACCGGAUGAUAUGGAGAUGGCCUGCCCUAUGCAGAUGUCGUUCCAUGCAGGAAGUUGCGAGGUAAUCCUGUUCCCGAGCUGGGCAACCACCGAGGCCGGUGCGUUUGUUGGAGCCACCAUCGGGUUCUUUCUGCUAGCGUUCGCCUACGAAGGGCUCAAGUAUGGUCGGGAGCUGUUGCACUUUUCCGAUGCAGCGAAACGAGGCGCCCAGACCAACGAUAAGCGGACGCUCAGACAAGCACUGCUCUGCCGUGUGCAUCUUAUACAGACGCUGCUACAUCUGGUGCAGGUGAGCGUCUCCUACAUCCUGAUGCUGAUCGUGAUGACGUACAACUGUUGGCUCUGUCUGGCGGUGGUGCUGGGCGCGAUGUGCGGCUACUACGUGUUUGGCUGGGUCCGGAACAGCUCCGUCGAUCCGACCGAGCACUGUAACUGAGUGAACCCAAACCCCUCUAACACUAUCCUGAUGAGACCUCCCACUUAUAACUUUCGGUUUAACAAUAAAUCUUAAGCGCGAGCAAUGUA